UAAGUAACAGUCGAAAAAGCAACACUCAGUACAUUCUAAGAAUUCGAUGAGGCUUAUAACACGCUUGGACCACAUAUCCAUGUGUUUUGUUUGCUUUUAUAAAGUUCAAGUUGAUCAUACUUUGUUGAUCAAGUACUUUGUUCUACGUGAUCUACAAACAUUUUGGACCCUUGUACAUUAGUAGAAGAAGUGCUAUUUUGAGAGAAGCCUCCUCAAUCCUCAUUCAUAAGUGUGAUUUUGAUGCCUUGUUUUGCACCUGAGGCUGAAUCAGAAUGGUUGCCGCUCAAUAGUGACAAUUAUGUAUAUUCGAAGGGUAAUAACACGGACAUGGGUACUGAUACGAAGACAGACACGGAUGUCUUGACGCCCGCGCAAAGGGGGCCCAAAACCAUUCUCCAGAAUAUUUGGUCCAAAGUAUGGAAUAAUCUGCUUUUCACGCUGACCCUGGUUGCUGUGGUUUUGGGAUUGAUUUUAGGUGUGAUUGUACAACAGACAGUGACCCCCUACUCUACUGACUUGGUUGUAGUUCUUCUCAAAUUUCCUGGAGAACUGCUCCUCAGGAUGUUGAAAUGUGUUAUCCUUCCACUGGUUGUCGCUAGUGUGAUCACCGGACUCGGGGCUAUUAACGCUAAAUCUUGUGGUAAGAUAGGGGGAGUGGCAGUGACCUACUAUCUAACCACAACGGUAAUGGCAUCUAUCCUCGGACUCUGCCUCGUCUCCAUCAUCAAACCGGGAUCUGGAAAUCAGGAGGACUUCAUUGCAAAAGACGUGACCCUGAACCAGAAUACAAACACCCUGGACACAAUGAUGGACCUGCUCCGAGGAGCCUUCCCAGACAACAUUGUGCAGGCCACCUUCGGCAAACAUGCUACUGAGCUGACUAACGUGACCCGAGAGGAUGGGUCCUCUUAUCUCAACCGGAGUUUAGAGUUCAAGUCCGGAAUGAACAUGAUAGGAGUUAUAGUAUUCUCCAUUGUGAUCGGAGUGAUAAUGUCAUUACAUCCAAAGGAAGCAGCUCCGCUCAUGAAGGUGAUCCAGGCUGUGAAUGACGUCACUAUGAGAUUGGUCACACUUAUACUGUGGUAUUCUCCUAUCGGUAUCUUCUUCCUUAUCGCUGGCCAGUUUGCAGGGGUUGAGAACUUUGGCGAGAUGAUGGCUCAGCUCGGUAUGUACAUGGUAACUGUGCUCGGUGGUAUUGCUAUCCACUUCUUCAUUGUCCUACCUGGUAUCUUCUAUGCUUUUACACGAAGAAAUCCUGUUCAGUAUUACCUCAACAUGUUGCCUGCGAUUGCGACUGCAUUUGGUACAGAUUCCAGCAGCGCCACCAUGCCAGUAACCCUGAAGUGCGUGGAAGAGAACAACAACAUUGACAAGCGGAUCUCCCGUUUCGUCAUCCCGGUCGGAGCUACAAUCAACAUGGACGGUACUGCUCUUUACGAGGCGGUCGCCUGUUUGUUCAUCGCCCAAGUAAAAGGAGUGCCACUGAACUUUGGUCAAGUCAUAGUGACUGGACUGACAGCGACUCUAGCUGCAGUGGGAGCUGCUGGUAUACCCUCUGCUGGCCUUGUUACCAUGGUCAUGGUGCUCAAUGCUGUCAAUUUGCCCACCGACAUGAUAUCCGUCCUGCUCACUGUCGACUGGUUCCUGGACAGAUUCAGGACGAUAACAAACGUGAUGGGUGACGCACUGGGCUGUGCAAUAGUACAGCACUUGUGCGCUGAGGAACUAGCCGAGAUGGACAGGGAGAAGGAACUUCAGGAGGAGGGAGGGGCAGAGAACCUGAUCCACUCCAGGAAGGGAGACAUCGAGAUGGGGUCUUCACUGUGAUUACUUUGCGAUAUUUAGGUUUUCCUGGACUGAUAGGCUCCCCUCGCGUUAUUACUUCUUUCGGGCAACUUCUCAGAUGUAGUUCCGAAAUGUUUUCAGCCUUCUCACGGCCCCCGGCCCCCGCUGAAAUUUUGUCUGCCCUUAAAAAAGUUAUUAUGACCAAUGAUAAUUCGUGUCUCUAACAGUUGAUUAGAGGGCUGAAAAUUCGGUCGAAAAGACGUGAUUACCAUAUACCACUCUUGUCCAAUAAAAUUCGUGUGAGUUUAAUUAACGGGUGAAUCACCCGUACAAUAUUAAUUUGAAAUGCAUCGAAGCAACUCGGCGCUCGAGUAGGUUAUAAACUUAUAGUUAUAAGAGUUUACUUAUAUGUCAUAAUUGAAGCUAGAGAAAUAAUAUUUAAAUCUUGUGAUAUAUACAGCAGGUACGGUAGUAGUAGUAAACCCGCAAUGGGGUGGCUUGAGCCGCCUCAAUAGGAUAUUAGUAUUACAUAAAUUUAUAUUAUUAUUUAUGAUAAUAAUUUAUUCAAACAAUAUCAAUAAAUAUUAUGAUGGAUCGUUCACUAUCUUAAAAUAUACAUAUAAAAUCAGUCUAUACUAUAAAAUAAUCAAGAAUCUAUAGUAUAGUACGGCACCAUGGUUUGUCGGGCACGUGGUCACCGAGUGGCGUAGGACAUGAGGUACAGUCAGUUGAUAGAUUAGUAUAACGUGACCAAUUUUAGCCAGCGAGAAGGACUGAUUUGAUUAGAUCCACAGCUCACAAUUCACAUCUUUUUAGUUUGAGAGAACAGCAAGCUUCCUUUUUGAACGCAAGCUUCUUCUUCGACAUUGAUAUUUAUGAAAUAUAGUAUUCCAUAAGUAUCAAUAACCUAAUUUAGUUUUGGAAAAUAUUCCCAAGACUUGUCUUUAACCGGACCAUCAGCACAUUAUAGAACUUCUGACUCGUUGGGUCAGGAGUUCUAUAACUUCCCCUCUAUUGAUGGUACGACCUACCAUUAAUCGACCGAUGAAGACACUUAUAUGUCUAAUAGUUCGGAAAAACUGUUAGUUUACAUUUUUAGUUAUACUAGUGUGUAUCUUUAUUUCAUAACAUAUCUUAUUAUUACUCCAUUACUUGAUUUUAAUUGAUUUUAAUAUACAUGAUACAUUUAUUGAAAACAUAAGAAGUUAGAGCUAUAAAUUAAUCUGCGAUAUUGAAUGGCAUCUUGAUUCCGAUAGUCCUCCUCCGCUCACUCAAUAUCUACAUCGACUAUAUCGGCAAAUUUGUACGAAGAUACAAAUUAAACUGCAAUUCUGUUAGCAUAAUUAAGCUUUCUCAAUGUCAGCGUCCGUUUAUUACUUAUACCCGUGCAAUUCUCCUAUUGCUCGCAUACUCGUAUAUAUUACAUACUAUAAGAUUUACACAAUAUUCUAAUAUUAUUCGCACAUAUUCUCCCAUUGUUAAGCAGACACCAUGGUUAGGAGCAGUCUUUAAUAUAAUUAUACCGAACAUGUGCUUUUAGAACACGGCCACAAAUCCAAUAAGCUAACAGAUCUAACUUUUGAUUAUUACCAUAAUUUUGGGUUUAUGACUCCCGUACAUUUCAUUUUAUAGAUGUGGUUACUCUACAUUUUUAUUGCUAUCGAUAAAUUUUAAGAUUUACUUAAAGUUAUUACUUUCUUUGAAUUUAAUGUUGUUUACAUUGACAUUUUGAUUUACACUUUACA